UUUCCAUCUCGUUCAUUUUGCAGUCAAUAAAAAUUGUCAUAGGUAUCCCUCUAUAUAUGGCAUGCAGCGUGUAAAAUGAAAAGAAGGCAUUUUCAUGAUUUACUACUGACAAUCAAAUUCUCACCUUAUGAAUCUUUUGUGAAUGUUUUGAUCACUUUGUUUCCAUAGCGACAGCACUUAGUCCAGAGAAGCUCAACCAAGAUGUAAACAAAAUGGAACUUAGUGUUUUACCUCGUGACUGUUGAAGUAGAGUGGUGCUAUUAUAGUUUCUUAACCCAUCGUUUUCAAGACUUCCAGUGCGAAUGACUGUCUCUCACAUGAAGCCAACUUCCUGUUAUGGGAAAUUGUUGUCAAAAAUUUCUGGCGUUAAAAAUAGGAAAAUUUAGAACAACUGAUUAUAGGAACAUUUCAAUACUUUUAAUUGGCCUGGAUAAUGCUGGUAAAACUUCAAUUGCAAAUGGAAUUUCUGGCAAUUUAACAAAUCCUGUUUUGCCAACGGUAGGAUUUUCAUCCGUCUCUAUCAAAUUCAAAAAAUAUUCUGUAACCCUCUAUGAUGUUGGAGGGGGACCACAAAUUCGCAACAUUUGGAGUCAAUACUAUGGCAAUGUUCAUGGUUUCAUUUUUAUAAUUGAUGCAAGCGAUGUAGCCCGUCUAAACGAAUGCAAAGAAGUAUUCUUGAGUAUGAUCUGGCAUGACAAAGUUUUUGGAAAACCCAUCCUUAUUUACCUGAACAAGCAAGAUAAAGAAGGUACAAUGCAUGAAUUUGAUAUUACCGAACAUAUGGACGUUGAGAAACUAGUGAAUUUGAGACAAUGUCCUACAAAGGUUGAAAUCUGUUCUGCUCUUCCUCGUGAGCAGAUUAGUGGUUGCCGUCAUAAUUACAUCCCUGAUCCAAGUUUGAUUUCUGGAUUCAGAUGGCUUGUCAGUUUCAUUUUGCUUCACUACAAACACCUAAACGAUCAAGUCUUAAAUGCUGAGAGACAGCAGUUAGAGGAUGCCGAGCGCAGACGCAAUGAAUGGCGGCAAAACAUCAAGGAUAGAGGAACGACUAGGAGCAACGACAGCUCGAAAGAAGUCAAUUUUAAGAACCCGUUCAGGCCAAUCUCCGAGUUUUUUAAAGAAUCUGAUGACACUAAAGUCAUUAAAAAUGGAUCAGUUGGCAAGGCUUCCUCAUCAAAAAAUUCUCAUCUUCAGAGAGUUAAUGCGGUUGUGGAAAGGAACGGCAUUUUGCCUCCAGUUGAUCCCGCCAACUCAAGUAACUUCCUAUUGAACACGGAGAACAAAAAUUCUCAUCUCACAAUACCCAGCACUGAGGAUAAAGAUGAUUUGGAUGUAUUUUAUGCAAAAGCACUUCAACCUACUGAUGAUGUAGUCUCCAAUUCACCUGACUUGUCUGUUUUCACGAUAAGUGGAAGAGAUGUUCCAUCAGAUUCAACAGCGGAGAUGCAGCCUGAUGAACGAAUGCACUCGGCUAAAGACUCGGAUUACAUUUUAAAUAAAUCAGGCAGGGCACUCUUCCCUUUUCGGCGUGUGAAUAAAACAGCUCCAGCACCAUUGGAUACUUUAUCAGCCAAAAGAAAUUCAUCUACUGAACCUCAGAGAGGGAAUGAAGAUAAUUUAUCCAAAAAUCAAAAUAUUUUAACCACUUGCCAACUUGAGCUUGCUCCAAUUAUCAGCAGACAAGCUGAGACAAAUCUUGAUCACAGAAUACCAGGUGAGACGGUUGAAAUCCACAGCAGAGUAAAAGGCAUUUUUACCCGAAAUAAACCAAUAACUUCAUCAACAGAAUGCAUUUUAACCGACUCUGACAGUGCUGAUGUUGUCAUGUAAGACCCUUUUGUGCAAUAACAAACACCACCUCUAGAGAUCCUUUAGAAAAGAAGACAACACUUAAAUAAAUGAACUAAUCCCAAGUUAAAUGUUUAAGGACGUUUCUACUAAACAAUAUUAGAUAAUAAAUUAUUUUCAUACUUGUUGAUCUUUUUAUAUUCAUGUGGUUUUGAUAAUUUGUAUUUCUUUAUUUCCUACCAUUUGAAAAGGAAAGAUUCUCAAAUAUACUAUUUUUAAAAGAA